AGAAAUUGCUCCAACUAAAGAUAAUGGUACAAAUCUGUGCCAUAUCCUUGGUUGCCUAUCCUAAGUGGGAGGAGCCCCUCCCGAGUCCUGGACCACCAGGAAAGAGACACAGUCAUUCAUUUAUGCCAUUGCUCCCAAGGAUGCAACUUCAGUCUCUCUGUUCAAUGCCAGGAACAAAACCAUGAAACAUCUGAAUAGGAAGAACAGAGAGCAUUUUUCUCCCAGGGAGUCCUUAAAUUGAAGGAUUAAAGAAAAGACUUCUGGCUGAGAGGUUCUUCUUAUUACCAGAAAAGUAAAUGACCUGCUAUAGCCUUUCCAAAAUCAGAUGGUAGGGAGUGAGAGUGUUCUACUCGGGAUGGCUGACUCAUCUGCACAGCAGCUGCAUGACUGUGAAAUACGCCUUCAGCCGAAGUGCACCUUAGAAAAUUGCACCAGCUACUUGCAAGAGCCAAGGCUACAUAUAUGUCAUACUUGUAUUCACAAUGUAAGACUUUUAUGGCAUUACCAACUACCCACAUUUUAUCCUUCACACUCUUUACACUGUUUGUACACCUAAUUCUAUUUCUAACUGAGGAGGUUUUUGAUGGGAACAGGGAUGCGAAAGAUCAUAAGAUGAAAAUUUCAAAGCUAACUCACUGUCUUCCAUUCUCUUCUUGGGCUUUCUAUUUUUAUUCUCCCCCAGGAAAUCCCAUUUCCACAAUGUCCAUUGAGGAGAUUCGUGCUCGGGAGAUCCUGGACUCUCGUGGGAAUCCAACUGUCGAGGUGGAUUUGUACACCUCAAAAGGAAUGUUCAGGGCAGCUGUACCAAGCGGUGCCUCCACUGGCAUCUAUGAAGCUUUGGAACUGCGUGACAAUGAUAAAUCCCGAUUCCUUGGCAAAGGGGUUCUGCAGGCAGUGGAUCACAUCAACAGCACUAUUGCCCCUGCUCUUGUGAACUCUGCAUUUUCGGUUGUAGAGCAAGAGAAGAUAGACAACCUCAUGCUGGAACUGGAUGGCACAGAGAAUAAAUCUAAAUUUGGAGCUAAUGCCAUCCUGGGUGUUUCCCUGGCUGUCUGUAAAGCUGCCGCUGCAGAGAAGGAUGUACCCCUGUACCGUCAUAUUGCUGACCUGGCUGGAAAUUCAGAUCUCAUUUUGCCAGUCCCUGCUUUUAAUGUGAUCAAUGGAGGGUCCCAUGCUGGAAAUAAACUGGCCAUGCAAGAGUUUAUGAUCUUGCCUGUUGGAGCUGAAAGCUUCCGGGAUGCCAUGCGCAUUGGUGCUGAAGUCUAUCAUAAUCUCAAGAGUGUCAUCAAAGACAAGUAUGGUAAAGAUGCCACCAAUGUAGGAGAUGAAGGGGGCUUUGCCCCAAACAUCCUGGAGAACAGUGAAGCUUUAGAGCUGCUCAAGGAAGCCAUUGAGAAAGCUGGUUAUACUGAUAAGAUUGUGAUUGGCAUGGAUGUAGCUGCAUCAGAGUUCUACAGAGAUGGCAAAUAUGACUUAGACUUCAAAUCCCCUGAUGAUCCCAGCCGUUACAUCUCUGCUGAUGAACUGGGUGAUCUCUAUCAGAGCUUUGUACGGGACUAUCCAGUGGUA